AUGUCUGCUAAAAAGGAUAUGCGAAGGGCGGACCUUGUCAUUCCCUACGUCGAGCCCAAAGAUGAGAAGCCCACCGAUUUCAGCUCGACUAUAACGAGCACCAUGCCUAUGGCAGCUAUGUUUACAAGAAAUAGGAUGCUUGGCUGGUUUUCUCUAUUAACAGCACUCUUGAAUUGGUUGGGAGAGACACCAGCCCAGAGACAGAGUCCUAACGGGACGCCCGCAUAUAUGUCCUUUGGCAUGGCUGCACUGAGCACCGACUCAUACGUUCCAGACAUAUAUGCCCCUGUUUCUACCGCCACCGCCAAACGCAAGAGGACCACCAGCGCCAGCACCCGCCGCUUCAACAUAGCGAUUGGUCCAAGCAGCAUUGGGGGUUUCCACGGGAAGAACGGCCGAGAAAUCCUCCCGUUCCUCGAGACAAACGAGUUUAUGUCAACUAUCCAAAACCUCAAAACCUUUGGUAAGCCGACCCCUCUUCUCACCCCCUCUCGCCACCUCGCAGCCGACGCUCAUCGCCCAAACAACUCGCCUCUAUCGUGUGCCUCGACAGCGCCAGAUUUUGGGAGUGACUGUUUGAGAGCAUGGUUGAAACCCGCUGUCGACUACCACGACCCUUACCCCUUCGCGGAGGCCGACGACGACACUGGGGAAGCGAAGCAAUCCCAGAAUUACAUCCACAUUCGUAUCCAGCAGCGCAAUGGUCGUAAGACUCUGACCACCGUCCAAGGCCUUCCGAAGAAAUUCGACCAGAAGAAGAUCCUCAAGGUCAUCAAGAAGAAAUUCGCCUGCAAUGGCACAAUCGUCACGGACAGCGAGAUGGGCGAGGUGAUCCAGCUCCAGGGUGACCAGCGCAAAGAUGUUCAAGAAUUCUUGGUCGCCAAGGACGGCCUCGAGCUCGAUGCAAAGACUAUCAAGGGCCCACCAUCAUAUGGCGAUGCUUUUGUUCCACGCAACGGGAGCCUCCGUUAUGCUGCUACUGAUCCUACCAAUCCGUCCCGCUCUCCUCCGACUGCCCAGCCUGGCCCCGCGCCUGGCGGCGUCGUCGUCGAGAAUGCCAACAUCGCCAGUGUCGCCAUGUCAGCUCGAUAUCCCCGGGUAGCCGUCCUCCUGGGCGUCCAGCCUCGCUGGCACGUGCCGCUGCUGCUCUGUCGGGCCCUCUCGACCGUGUCGGCCGCGUGGUGGGCUUGCCAGACCUGUUUCAGCAUCUAUCGACUCAUCUCGGUCUACGGCACGACGGGAGCGACAGCGGCGUCCUCCACCUCCUUGUUGUCAGCAGGUGGCAGUGGUGGGACGAGUGUCGGUGGUGGCGGUAGUGCUGGACCUGGACCUGGUGGUUCGCUUUUGGAGAAUCGGAUCUUCAGGCGCAUGGCUGUGGCACAAGUAUGCUUGAGCUUUCUCUGGGCCGGCGCUGCAGCGUACCUCGCACACAUGUUCGCGUCGUCACUGAUGUCGCGGUGGCUGCUGCACUACAGCCCCCUGGCGGUGCUGGUGCGGCUGUGCAGCCUUUCGAUAUUGCUGUCGUUCGGGUGCCUACAGAUCUUCCGGGCCACGCAGGCCACGGAGCCGGACCUGCUCCAGCUCAGCCGCAGCCUGCUCGCGUGGAUCGCCAUCUCGAUCGGCCUGAUGCUCGCCUACUUCUGCACGCAGCAGGACAUAUUCUCGGCCGACCACGACGACCGCGACGACCGCCGCCGCCGCCAGAUCCUCCGCCUCAAGUGCCUCUACGUCAUCUCCGCCUGCAGCCUCUUCAGCCUGCUGGUCCUCGUCGGCAUCGUCCAGCUGGACCACGACACCGGAAUGUCCCUGAAAGGGAUGAUUGCCGCCGCUAUCGGGAGCGCGAGCGAGGGAGGGGAUGGCAGUGCCGGCCGGGGCUGGGGCCUCGCGAGGCCUCUACACGAUUGGCUCGUGACUUGCAAGGCGUUGGCGUCUGAUCUGUCACAACAAUGGCGCAGGUUCGCUUCCGGCGCCGCUAGAUUUGGAGCCGAAUUGUGA